AAAGUUGGAGACGACAGAUUAUAGAAAUGGCCCCCACAUUAUAUUAUAUUCUUGCUAGCCCCCCCGUAAGAUCUGUGUUGUUAUGUGCGAAAGCUAUCGGCGUUGAACUGAAUUUGAAGGAAGUAGAUGUUUUAAAUGGACAACAUUUGUCACCGGAAUAUCUCAAGAUUAAUCCCCAACAUACUGUUCCGGUUUUGGAUGACGAUGGUUUCAUAGUAAUUGAUAGUCAUGUUAUAAUGACAUACCUCGUAUCUAAAUAUGGGGAAAGCGACUCUUUGUAUCCAAAAGACAUAAAGCAAAGAGCAAUUGUUGACCACCGUCUUCAUUUUGAUUCUAGUAUUCUUUUCAUAAGAGGUUUAAUGAUUUCGAAAGCAGUUAUUUUCGAAGGAGCAAAGAAUCCUGAGCCGAAGCAACUAGUUGCACUAGAAGAAGCUUUCAAUAUAACUGAAAGAUUUUUGGAUAAAAACAAAUUUAUUGCUGGAGAUAACUUAACGGUGGCCGAUUUUUCGUUCGUUACAUCGCUUACAUCUUGGACUGUGUUUUGUCCUCUGGACGAAACAAAACACCCGAAUAUUGCCGCUUGGUUGAAGCGGAUGAAAUCGUUGCCUUAUUACCUAGAAGCUAACCAAAAAGGGCUAGACCUUCUCUUCGAAAUUAUGAACCAAAAACUGAUUGAAAAUAAUAAAUAAAUGAAAUAUAUUUACAAGUUUUGUUAAUAUAUGUAAAGUGAAAAUAUAUUCUUUUUGAAAAUAGAAAA